GCGUCUCACUUUUACACUUUAGUCAGGUAUGCUUGCAAAGCACCUUCUAUACAAAUAUGCAAUUGUGAAUAUAACUGCACCACAACCUACUUCAAGAUACUAUCAUUGAUGUAAACCAUUGUUCGGUGCCGCCAUGUCUCUGCUCCAGCGUACUGUUCUCAUCCUCAUCCGCGAAUCUGGAAUCAAGCAAGCUCGUCAAAUUGAACAACACUUAACUCACUACGAGUCCUGGGAACAAUUACAUCUUCUAAAGCAGCUCUUAUGUAUUCGUUCGCCACAGCCGCCGCUACUACCGGCCUUACUCGAGGAUGUCGACAACGUUUUGCUACAAUCUCGAAAACAACGAAUCUUGACUAGAGGAGCAUCGAUACCCACCAACGCAACGUUGGCGAGACCUGGAAAGCCCGACGUACGAUUGAAGCUUUGGCAAGGAGACAUCACAACAUUAGCCGAUGAUGUGACCGCAAUAACAAACGCAGCCAACUCCCGAAUGUUAGGUUGCUUUCAGCCUACGCACAAGUGUAUCGACAAUGUCAUACACUCGUUCGCAGGUCCUCGGCUAAGACAAGAGUGUUUCAGCAUAAUUGAGACCAUGGGUACUGAUCUACCCGUGGGAGAUGCUAUUUCGACAAAGGGAUAUUGUUUGCCCUCGCCAUACAUAAUACAUACUGUGGGACCGCAACUUGAUCGAGGCGCACACCCGACGGACGAGGAAAUCCAGCAACUCCGACAAAGUUAUGUUUCUGUGUUGGAGCAAGCAGAUGGUUUACCGACGAACGCAGAUGGUUCAAAACGAAUCGCACUAUGUGGGGUAUCCACUGGCCUUUUUGCUUUCCCUACGAGUCUUGCAGCACAAAUCGCCGUAGGUACCGUGGUCGCUUGGUUCGCGCACAAUGAGGAUACUUCUAUUACAGAUGUAAUUUUUGUUACCUUCGCUGAGGGUGACUUCGAGAUUUACACCGAAAAGCUCUUAGAAGUGCAGGAGCCUUGGCGGUUAUCAACUCCGCAGUCGCCAGCAGCAGAGACCCUAAAAGUAGAAGGUAGUACUCUAGCAAUCGCGCAGAAAUGGCUCGAAUCAUCAGAUGCUAUCGUCAUCUCAGCAGGGGCCGGAUUCUCAGCCGCUGACGGCCUGGACUAUACAUCUAAAUCACUCUUCAAGAAGCAUUUUCCUUCUUUCGCUGGCAUGGGUUUAGAUACCCUGUACAGCGCUAUCGGGUUCAGGUUCCCAUCUGAAGAAGAAAAGUGGGCGUACUUCUUCACAAACAUACAAAUGGUACGCUCGUGGGGGCCCUGGGACCUGUACCAGUGCCUAAUUCCAUGGUUGAAGGCAUCAGGCAAGGACGUUCAUAUACGGACAAGUAACGCCGAUGGACUAUUUCUUGCCAAUGGUUGGAAAGAGGAACAACAAUCGACGCCGCAGGGCAGGUAUUCUGUACUGCAAUGUUUGGCCAAGUGUCGUCCCGACUCGACGUUUGACACCUUGCCAUUCUACGAAGCAGCAGAGCCGUUCCUAGAUCCAAAAACGCAAAGACUUUCAGAUCCCUCGAUGGUGCCACGGUGCAAGAACUGUGGAGGUGAGAUGAUGCUCUGUGUGAGAGGUGGAAAUUGGUUUAAUGAUCGUCCAUUCCAAAAUGGCGAGGCGAGGUGGCGAAAGUUCCAACAAGACAUACUUCAGCACGAGAAAGAGACCGUCAUACUCGAAUUAGGUGUAGGUAUGAACACACCCAGCGUUUUGAGAUGGCCCAACGAAGAGCUUGUUAGGGAAGGCGGUGGCAGAGUGAAACUGAUUCGAGUCGGGUUGGGGCCGUCUGCGGCAGUACCUACUGACUUAGAGGAUGAUGACCUUGCCAUUAGUGUGGAAGGCGACAUCAAGCUGAUCGUACCUUGUAUGUUAAAACCUGCUCAAGAAUGAAUAGUAGUUUUUUGCAGCCACCCUUAUGUAUUCAGAUGAUGUAGACGCGCAGGCUUAAGAAUGUAUGUAGAUCACCAUAUCCAUUGCUUCAAUCCAACACGUGCCAUACCGAGACCUCCACGAUUAGCCCUGUAGUAAUAAGGCACGUAAUUGAGCUUCUCGACCUUUGUUGCCGCCUUGAUUGUUCUGUUCAGCUCUUCUUUGUCAAUAAAGGGAUC